GCUGGGACCCCCUGGUAGGGGCUGAGGACCCCGAGGGCUGGGGCUGUGAGGCCUGGAUCCCCGGCGGGGGCUGGAACCUUCUCAGUGUGGGGCUGAGGUCACCAAGGGAUUGGGGUGCGCGGCUGGGACUCGUCGGUGGGGCUGGAGUUGGGACCCCCCAAUGUGGGAUUGUGGUCUUCUGGGCUGGGGGAUUCCUCAGGUGUGGGGGAAGGAUCGCUCCAUUAUGAGGCUGAGACCCCACAGUGUGCGGCUGGGAGGCCCAGGAGUGAGAAUGGGACCCCCAGGGUCGGGGUUUGGGUCUGACACCCGAUCCCCACCCCACCCCCGCCCCGUCUGGAAGCUAGGAGGCCUAGGAAUGUGGAUGGGACUCCCUCGGGAUCGGGAUGCAGGGCUGUGACCCCUCAGAGUGGGGCUGGGGUCCCUAAGUGAUUGGGAUGAAGGGCUGGGACCUCUAGUAUGGAAUGGGGUCCCCUUGCAUGCGGAUGAGAUCCCCUGAGGAUCAAGAUGUGGGGCUGGGGAUCCCUCAGGAUCGGAGUGUGGAUGUGGGGCUGGGACGCUCUGGGUGUGGAACGGGGGCUCCCCUGGGUGUGGGGCUGCGACCUCUCAGUGGGGUUGGGCCCCUGCAGUGUUGUGCUGUGGUCCCCUGAUAGGGGCUGGGAACCACCAUUGUGGCGCUGGGGACUCACACGGAUCAGGGUGCGGGGCUGGGACUUCCCAUCGUGGCACUGAGGAGACUCGGGUUGGGGGUGCUGGGCUGUGGGUUCCCCGGGUGGGGGUCGCCGGUGUCACCCCCACCCCUACUGGCGCCGACGGAGCCAUCCCUGUCCCCAUCCCGGUGGCACGGGGCCCAGCGGCGCCUGGCACUGGCCGUGUCACUCGUGCGCUGGCUGGUGCCACCAGGCCCCCGCGGGGGGUUGGGACACGAGGUGGGUGGCGGGUAGGGGCACGGAUGGGGAACCCCGAUGGGGUCGGUAGUGACCCCCCCAGCUCCCGCAGGUGGCCCCGGUGCCCCGAGGCGAUGGCCGAGGACCGAGGUACGGCAGCACCAGUGCUGCAUGUCUCCCAUGUUUCCCCCCUGGGGUGGGGGGCCGGGACUCACCCCCAGUGUCACCCUAGAUGUAAGAUUUGUCACCGAGGAGAGCUUCGACUUCGGUGUGCUGUCGCCAUCUGACAGCCAAGAGGAAGAGGAUGAGGAUAGCCCCGGCAGGGGGUGCCAGCACGGGGGUAGCAACGGGCGCUGGAGUCCCCUGAGUGGGGCCCAUCUGGAAGAGAUGAUGCGGGAGGCAACGCGCCUGGCGGCGCAGUUGGAGGCAUGUCACCUGCUUGCUCCCGGAAACCCCCCCGGACCUGCCACCACGCCCCCGAGUACACCCCGCAGUCCCCGCCGCCAGACCUUCGUGGUGAAGGACAGCCCGGUGCGGGCACUCCUGCCCACCGUGGAGUCUCAGGGCCCUGCCCCCAUCCCCCACUCCCCCGCCAAGCCCCGGGGGGCCUCUGCGGCCACCAGUGUCCCCAAGGCACCCCCCAGCCGUAAUUCCACAGCAGCGGCAAAGGGACCCUUGGGUGGCAGGAGGCUUCCCCCCAGCCGCAUGGGCCCCCCCCGGCCAUGCCUUCCCCAGGGGCUGGGGGCUGAUGCCCGGGGCAAGUCAGAGCCCCCCCAGGGGGGUACAGCAGGCAAGGCUAAGGUGAGGGGGGGCACAGUCUCCUGCCCCCCCCCCACCCGCCAGCUCCACACCAGGACCACCACCACCUCUGCCCCCUCUGGCUGUUCCCCAGCACCUACUGCCCUUCCCAAGGUGUCCCCUCGGACUCUAGCAGCGGGUGGGAGGACCCCCACCCCCAGAGGUGCAGUGGCAGCACGGGCAGCCCCCCCAACUGGUGCCUCAGGGUGCAAAUCAGGACCCCCCCCCACCCGCCUGCAGCCCUCCCGCAAGACUGCGGUGAGCAGCACCCCGAGGUGACACCCCCAAACCACCCCACACCCACCCUGGGGGCACCCAGACCCCCCCUAGGUACCAGCUAAGGUACCUAGGCUUGGGGGGGGACAGAGCCAAGGCCACCCCAGGGAUGAGUUGAGGCAUCCACUGGGUUUUGGAAGGAGGCAGGCAGCACAAGGGGCCCCCAGGGACCAGCCAAGGCACCCAUUGGGUUGACAGGUUGUAGGGCAGAGUUGGAACUCCCAGGGACCAGCUGAGGUUGGGGUGGCAGAGCCAGGGGCCUCCCCAGGGAUGAGCCGAGGCACUCAUUGAGUUUUGUUUUAAUUACAAAAGGUCUCAUCAGCAUUAGGAAACCCCCCACAUCCUCCAGCACCCAGGGGCCCCUCAUCCCCCAAGACCCUUCCCUGGGUUCCUCCACCUGAGCCUCAUCCCUGGGCAGGGGGGUCCCAGACUUCCCUGUAACCCCUAGCUGAUCCCCCCUCCACAUGCUCCCCACCUGGGUGAGUUGGCACCAUGGGACGGGUUGCACCUUCAUGGGGGUUGGCACCUUGGGGGGAAAGGGGGCUGGCACAAUGGGGGAAGUUGGUUAUAAAUUCCUUUUUUUUGUAUUUUCAUGUAUUUUUUAAAUAAAACACUCUGCUGGGCAAA